UGAAAGAAAAUCCAAAAAGUUUGGAAACCCAAAUAUCUUAAAUGGAAUGUGUUCUCCCAGCAAGGAAAACCCUAACACGCAUUUCUCGGCGUUCUCGAUUUGCUCCAGCGACUGUUCCGAUUACGAUCUGUUCCAGCGACUGCUCCGGCAACGAUUUUCUCGGCGUUCUCCUCCGACGAGAUUGUGUGCUGUGAACUGAAACGCUCUCUCCAGCGACGAUCUCCUCUGGCGGCGCGUUCUCCUCCUUCAGCGAGCUUCUAUGAUUUGGCUUUGAUAUGAAGAUUUUUCGCCGCUCAUCUCAUCGCCGUCAUUCAUCUCUGCGCCAUCGCAAGCAACAUCGUUGUCACUACCUUCUACGAUCUGGUUUUCAAUCUGGCUCAUCUCCUCGCUGUGGCAAGCAACGCCGUUAUCGCUGCCUUCAGCAAGCUUCUACAGUUUGGUUUUGCCAUCUCUAUCACUUCUAAUAGGUGUCAUAUGGCUCAGAGCUUAGCUAUCGUAGUCCAACAUUUGACAUGGAUUUGUCUGAUUUCAUGGAAGAUGGCAAGCUAAUGUCUUAUGAGAGAGCAAGGAAAUAUUUUGCUCAAGAUCCAUCCCGAAAGUGGGUAGCAUAUGUUGCUGGGGCAAUUUUGGUCUUGAUGACUGAGAUGGGUGUGCAUUUUAACGACAGUAUUACCAUGCUGAUUUCAUCAGCAGUCCCUGAAGGGAAAGGUGUAUCAUCUUCUGCAUCUGUGGAAGUCGCUAGUAUAUCUGCGAUUGCAGCUGCUCAUGUUAUUUCUUAUCUUCCAAUAAUUUGUUGCCCAAAAAUAAAAUGAUAAACAGAAUUCUGAGCGCACAAAAUCUUCAAGGAAAACUCCCUCCAGAACUUGUCAAGCUGCCAUACCUUCAAGAGAUGUUUAUGGAGCCUUUGACAUCAAAAAUUCUAAUGAUGGUUAUUGAAGGGAAUCAUGAGAUUGAACCACAAGUCAAUGGCAUCACAUUCAAGUCAUAUUUGACAAGAUUCGCAGUCCCUGCUGAAGAAAGUGGAUCCAAAAGCAACUUGUAUUAUUCUUUUGAUGCUGGGGGCAUACACUUCAUUAUGCUGGGAGCAUAUGCUGAUUAUAAUAGUACUGGUGCACAGUUUGCAUGGCUGAAGCAAGAUCUGCAAAGUCUCGACCGGAGUGUAACCCCUUGGCUUGUUGCUUCCUGGCAUCCACCUUGGUAUAAUAGCUAUGCUUCACACUAUCAGGAAUUUGAGUGUAUGAGAUUGGAAAUGGAAGCACUUCUCUAUCAAUAUGGUGUUGACAUUGUUUUCAAUGGUCAUGUUCAUGCUUAUGAGAGGAUGAAUAGAGUUUACAAUUACACAUCGGAUAAAUAUGGACCUGUUUACAUAAUUGUUGGAGAUGGUGGAAAUAUUGAGAAAGUAGAUGUUGAUCAUGAUGAUGACCCAGGAAAGUGUCCUUCACCUGGAGACAAUAUACCAGAAAUCGGACUAGUUUGCCACUUGAAUUUUUCCUCUAGUCCUGCCAAAGGGAACUUUUGUUGGAGCAAACAACCUGAAUGGAGCACAUUUAGAGAAAGCAGUUUUGGACAUGGGAUUCUUGAAUUUUCAUCCGCGUAUUUUGACCAAUUCAAAGUGAAAAAUGGAGCGAAACAGGCACGGAGAAAAAUAAGUGUGGAGGAUAAGCAGCCGAGCUCAUUCCCUUCGCUUUCUGGGCCCCAAGCAGUGCAAUUACUUCUUCUCCGGGAAAAGAAGUUCACGAUCCGUAGGCCUUCUACCUCCACGCGGCAUUGCUCCAUCAGGCUUUCGCCCAUUGCGGAAUCUUACCUCUUUAACAAUUUCACUGGAGAACUGCCUGAAACAUUUUCAAAUCUAAUCACAUUAAAGGAAUUGUAAGCUUUCCUAUAUGAGUUUUUGAGCUUAAAGCAUGUGUCUGGCUUCAUUGAGAGAGCAAGGAGCUGAAAGGAAACAUUUCAUUGGGAUGAA